CGUUACCGGAAACGCCUAUUUUCGUUUUCAAAAUGUAAACACAUCGGAUAGCUAUUUUCCUCUAAAUCAGAAUCAUAACUCAGUAACUGCAUACAUGCAGUACAUGUAGUACAUACAAUUGAUGGGGAAACAAGGAAGUAAAUUACUUUGUGGCUGUGGACGAAAAAAUACCCGUCCUAAGACAAUAAUAUAUCAUCCUUCAGAUGAACCAGAGUUGGAUAUACAGCAAAAAGCUGCAUUAUUAAAAGAUCAAGAUGAUGACGUAACAGUUUCAAAAAUUGAAUUGCAUACAACAACAGAUUCUGACAAGGACAGAAUCUCAAUACAACUUGCUGAAAAGACAUCUAAAUCUGUUGGUCUGAUAAUGGGAUACCUAACCUACGGUACCGGAUUCCGAGUUGGAGAGAAAUAUGUAAUGACAUCGCUACAUUUUGUGAAAGACAUAUGCAGUUUUGGUGGAAUUUUCAAAGAAUCAAAUCUAGAAAGCCCAGAUGUUUAUAUAUGCUUUGGUUAUACAUAUAAGUUCAAGGAAGAUAGUCGUAUUUUUCAUUUUCGUGGACAAAUGCAAUACGCAAAUGAAGAACUGGACGUUGCAAUAUUGGAACUGACAGAGAGGGAUAAUAAAUCCUUACCUCCAAAGAUACUAUGUAGCAUAGACUCUAACUAUGAUUGUUUAUUUAAUGUACUUGGGCAAUCGUAUAGCAUCCCAAACCAGAUCACUGCUUACAACAUAAAAAUAUUACAGAAAGAUAUGAAUGUUAUCAACAAGGCUCGAGCUUGGAGCUUAGACAUGUUUUAUGAAAAUGGAUAUAUUGGUUUAGAUGACCCUAAUGUUGAAUUAUGUUACUGUAAAUAUCAAUUCGGUAUGGAUGGUUCGCCUGGUAUUGUUCCUAUAUUACAGGAAAAAGGGUUGUCAUCCGAGGAGAGUAAAAGGCAAAUUAAUUUACAAAUAGCUCAAAAUGAAUGUUCACAAGAGAUUCGUCGUGAUCAUGAAUCUCAACGGCACAAAGUGUCAACUUCAUUCAAGGAAACAAUAUAUGUCAAACAAGAUGACCCCUCUGAUUCAGUGUUAACUAACAAUACACAAAACAUGCAAAGUAACGAAUCAGACUCUGACAAUGAAAUAACAUAUGUAAAAAUGGUCGCCCCUCGAAAUAAUGCGGCAGUUUCUAAAUCCAAUUUUGAUAGGCUUUCCAUGAAUAUCAAUCAUACUGAAAAAUGCAGAUCUGAUGAUGACCGGAGAGGUUGUAGCGUCAAUAAAAGCGUUACUUACCAAAACAUGCCCCUAAGGGAUGAUUCGAAUAAACACACAUCAAAAGACAUUUCGACCGAUUCAAAUCAGUUAGAAGAAGUUUCGGUUGAUACAUCUCCAAACUUGGAUGGUUUCAAUCUAUGUUUAACACAACAAGAAAAUGUUACAGAUGAUCGUAAAGAUGAGGAUCAGGUCAGUGAGAUUAAUUUACUCGCAGAAGAGCUCAAUGAGAAUAAAGAAUAUUUGUCAGACUUAUCAGUUGAUGACACACACCACACUGACUAUGGAUUGAAUGAUACACACCACACUGACUAUGGAUUGAAUGAUACACACCACACUGACUAUGGAUUAAAUGAUGCACACCACACUGACUAUGGAUUGCAUGAUACACACCACACUGACUAUGGAUGGAAUGAUACACACCACACUGACUAUGGAUUGAAUGAUACACACCACACUGACUAUGGAUUGAAUGAUACACACCACACUGACUAUGAAUUGAAUGAUGCAAACGAAUGCCCCUCAAAUGAACAGUCAGUUCAAAAAAAUAUACGACCAGAUAUCAAUGAUAACAAUAACAAAUUAGCUGAUACUGAAAGCUUUACAACGAAUAAUGACAAUUCAGCAACUAAAAGUGCAUGUUACAAUUUGACCCCUUCAGAUUGUUCACGGAAGGAUUUUAAUGAUGAUGCAAGAUGUAGUGGCAAUGAAAUGUGUCCGGAGAAAGAUUCAUUGGAAACAAUGGUUAGGGACGAGAAAACUAUUGACGUUUCUGUUGAAAUGGACAGAAAGAUGCAAAAUGAUAGGCUUCAGGAAUCGUCUAGUAUUCAACAAAUAGUUGACGAGAAUACAUUCAAACUGGAUGGAACUAACCAUCAAGAAAGCCAUGUGGAUAAUGAUUACGAAUCAUCAGAGUUGGAUGAUAAUCAAAUUAUAUUAACUGAAACUAAACAGACUUACGAGUUAGAAGAAAUAAGCUUGAACCGUCAUUGUACAUCUCUUGACGAAGAAACAUCGGAUUCAGAAAAAUCUAUUUCAAACACAGCUGUUUAUGAACCAGUUGUCGUUUUCAUGGUAUUAAGAGGUUAUCCUACUUUUUAUUACAAAGAUAAAAGGUCAGUUGAAAUGGAGGAACUUGUCACAAGUGAUAAACUAGUAAACGCUGGUGUUACCAUGAAAUCUGUUUAUGAUCAUAUGAAACAAUACCAUAUUUACCGAGAACUCUGCGCCGAUAUAUUUGUGUCGAAAAAACUGCGAAUUGGGCUUGAAAAUUCACGUGUUGUUUACAACUAAACAUAAAUAUAGUAUCACAGCUUUCUGUAUACAGUCGUAUAAAUGCGCCAAUGAUGAAUGAUAAAAUGUACGAGUGAGCUCUUUAACGGAAUUUUCCGGAAACCUACUUCCUGUGCUCCGAUACGUUUGAGUUGCAAGUGGGGUAUGCUUAGAACAUCAAGGUUUACAUUCGUGUUAUUUCUGUUUUAAGAUUACACCCAGGUACAAUACGUGCAGGCCAGAUGAACUUGAAAGUAUAAUUAUGGCUAUCAUGUGCAUAACACUCGUUUCUUGAAUUGUAAAACGGUUGUAAUGUAAUAAAGAAAUAAAGAGAUGUAGUAUGCUAGCCAAUUAGACCACCAUCUUUUUAUACCAAACGAUUAUUAUGAAAGCAAUUGCAUAUCCUUCUACGACAUCAAAGAUGGGCAAACCCUUAUUGCAGUAAAGUCUCAGGCCAUACUAUAACCAAAUCAAACCAACACAAAACAAAACGAGAACUCUGAUACCCUGGUUCCUUCUAUGGUAGACAGCAACAUACGACUGUUACUAGAUUACAGGACUGCCUUGGGACAGGUACAGAACAUGGCGGGGUUAAACAUGUUUGUAUAAGCUUUCAACCGCCUCUAGUCUUGGUAAGUGGUGGAACAAUAUGAUAUAGGAACAAACUGCAACACUUAGUCGGAAAAGUAUUGACUCAAGACGAAAUGCGCAACAUACCGUUCUGGCAACUUUUAUAAGCUAGAAUAAAGUCUGAAUUAAUAGACUAGUUCUCAAUAAAUAAAUA